UUUUAAUUUCAUCUUCAGGCAAUAAUGUUUGCACUGAAAUUUCUUCGUUUUCGAAAUUAGUUCGUGAUAUAUUUUGUCUUUAGUUAAUUCAGCCGCAAAAAUCUGUGACAAGAGGCACCACAAGAAAAACUCUCGAGUUACCAUCAUAGCACUGCACUAAGUAAAUAUCAAAGGGGACUUAAAACGUUCGAUCGACCUACUGAUUUGCAAUGCAAUGAAGUUUUGGUGGACUUAACUGUCAUCCGAUUUGUAAGCCCGCUUCCUGAUAUGAUCCUCUCAGAGGAUGAGGAAAACAACAACUUCUCCCUCGUUUUCGCUGUUGAUAUCUCUAAAUACAUUUAAGACGUUAUAGAUUUAAACACUGGCAAGGACCGAGAGGACGAUAUUGGACUCAGGAUUUGAUAAAUGGAUCUGUAAUUAGGUAGUCGUAUUAGCAAUUUUUCCAGGAUUUCAAAUGGAAGCUUUUCUCGGUUCCAUUGGUUGGUUUCUUUCAGUCGCCACAGCGAUAGGAAACGGCUUUGUAGUCAUUCUUAUCGUAAAAAAUCGUCGACUUCACUCCUCUGCCAACUGGUUCGUUCUUUCCCUGGCAUUGGCUGAUUUUGUGGUUGCAGUGAUCGUUUUCCCAUCGGGUUAUAUUUGCAACAAAUUAAUGGCGUGCCACACAAGGAUAGAAAUGGCACUGUUUUGGUUCGCUAUUCACGCUUCGGUCACAAAUCUUUGUGCAUUGACUAGGGAUCGCUAUGUCGCCAUCGUUUAUCCGUUCAAGUACAAUGCAUCUAUGACCAAUAGACGACCCGAAAAAGUUAUCAUGAUAGCAUGGCUAACUCCAUUUAUAAUUUCGCUCGCACUUUUUGUCGGAAUGUACGUUACAGCUUCAGAGACUGCACUGAAAGCUCUACGAUUAACAGGUGUCUCUGCCUUCGACUUAACAUCCUGCAUGCUCCUCUUGUAUGCUGUUGUUCGAGUCUUAACAGUGGCUCGUGCACAAUCACACCAGUCAACUGCCAUAGAACUUCAGCUUCAGUCUGUAGCAAUUCGUCGACACAGGAAACACAAUACCGCUCGCUUUAUCAUUGCUCUCAUCUUGUUUUUCCUGGGAUGUUACAUUGUGGCAAACUGCUUGCUUAUGUGCCUCACUUUCUCUUGCAAUCUCUCCACGAAAUCCUCCAAGAAAGUAGCACAGGUCCUCACUUUACUCUUUGUUCUUAACUCUGCGGUGAAUCCACUCGUCUACGCUUUUUUGAAGAAAGACAUCAGGAAAGAAAUAAGAAAACUCUUCUGCAAAGAAAACUAGUUCAAGAUGAUGAGAACUGCUAAGGAUUACAUUGGGGAGUUUCUCUUUGUCGUCAGCUCACUGAAUACGCGGGUAAUUAGUUAUUUAAGUCACACUUCGCCCACGAACCUUCACUUGAAAGUGAUCGAUCGUCCAGGAUUUUUUUUCGCCCGCGGCAUAAAAUCGACAGUGAAACACCAGAGAUGAAUGACACCUAGUACCGGUGGCCAUAGAAAAGCGUGUUUUUCUCUGACCUAGUAAUCGAUUAUUUACAUCGCGCUUUUUUUCCCAUGAUUUUCAUUUCGUAAUAUCAGUCAUGCUGUAAAUUCGAUAUACUGAGAAGUGUUUUGUUAGAUACGUAUUCUUCGCGAGAUUUGGGCUUCCAGUUGUCGUAAGAAAACGGUCUUUAAAGGAUCCCUUCCAACCAAAAUACAUUGCGCGCGCGAUAUGUGAAAUCCGCCAUUUUCUCUGCCAUCCGGUAUUGGACAAGUCGUGAAGUGGAAAGAAAUCCUCGUUCAUCCGAGUACAU